CACAAAUCAGUCAGUGAUAGCACGAAUUUGAUUUAGUAAAGUGCGUCUGGCAUGCUUUCAGAUUAUUAUUACGGUAUGAUGAAAAAGUAAUGUAGCAGAAUUUAGCACAAGUGAGCUGCCACAUCUGGUUGACGCUCGAUUUCUGAGCUGGAGAGUGCUAGCUAACGGUAACCAGGUCGCUCUCUUCUUCCAAACAUGUCUUUUCAAGAGUCAUCUCGUCCUUCUGAUGAAGAGGAGGCUUUCUACACACAGUGCAGAGCCGCAUACCUUGCUGUUUUCAGAUCUAGUUUAACAAAUAUCGCUUCCAAACAGCAGUUAUGUCGUGCUCUCCAGCAGGCUGGUAGGAAUCCAUCUCAUGCAACUCUCAAUAAAUACUGGACCCCGAGAACAUCCAAACUGAACUUUGAUGACUUCUGUGAGAUUCUCAAGUGUGAGAAGAAAACUGAAGAAAGUGAGCUGAUGAGGGCCUUCAAAAAAAUGGACGUGAACGGUGAUGGCUACAUCUUGCACAGAGAGCUGGAGAAAGCUCUUACCACUAGAGGAGAGAAAAUGACCACUGAAGAGGUGAAUGCUAUUUUUUCAUUACUCGACGUCAACAAAGACGGGAAGCUGGACUAUGCAGAAUUCUGCAGAUUGCUCGUGACGACAGUAGAGCAGUGUCAGACGGCUGUUUUGGAGAGGCUCGAGGCUAAUGCCAAGCUGAAGAGACAGAACUUUGGCAGUCAGUCGUACAGCCCUCCGAAGAGCUCCGUCUCAUCGGCAGCAGCGGCAGCAGCAUCCGAAGCGGCAGCGACUCUCCCUCAGCCUCCAGAAACACCCCGGGUGGACUCAGACACGACACUCAAGAAAGACAGCCGAUCAUCCUCCCGUCCUUCUUCCGCUCGCAGCAGACGGUCGUCCCUGUCUAACCCAAUCACUGUGACAUCCAGCAGCACAAAGGCCAGCAAAAUACAAGAGCCCGCAGGCUUACAGGAGUGGCAUCACAGUUAUGUGAAGGGCUGUUUCUUCUUGAAGGAUGAUGGGACUAUCAGCUCACUGCAGUACCAGCUCCACAUCCCCCAGACCACCACUGUCUACCUAACCAUCCAACCACUCAGCCUGAGCCACAGACCUGACAAGCCGUCUUCAUGGAUGACAGUGGAUACGGCUCUUUUUGCCAUGUCAGCUGGUGAAACCGAAGAGGACUCAACUUUAGUGUGUUUCACUGAGUCAAAAGACAAAGAGAAGUAUGUUUGGAAAGGAGAAUUGAAUGCAGGGACUUACUACCUGCUUCCCUUCACUACUGGCUGCAAACUGAAGAAAAGAAGCAAAAAGAGCAUUUCUAAUAAACCUGUGGAACUGGUCUACAGGACUGACACUGGAGAACUAGACCUCACCAGAGAGCUCAGGGAGGUGCUGUCUGACAUCUUUGAGGUGAUAGACAUGGAUGGAAAUGGUUUACUCAGUCUCGAGGAGUACAAUUUCUUUGAGCUGAGGACCAGUGGAGAGAAAUGUGACAAGGAUGCCUGGGCUGUCUGCAAAGAGAACUUUGAUAUGAGAAAGAACCAGCUGACAAGACAGGGCUUCAUGGAGCUGAACCUGAUGGAGGCCACAGAGAAAGAUGGAGACCCUGCUGACCUUUGGGUCACCCUAGAAGCCAUGGGCUACAACGGAAUGCUGGAGCUAGUCGGUGCCUGUCCAUUCCAGAUAGAUGUCCACUGUGAAGGCACUCAGCCUUCCAUCCAGCCACUCAGCAUGGACUCAGGGCCCAAGCUUCAGAACCAGGCCCUCCAGAAGUCCAUCACCACCAGGACAGGGGCCAAAGCACUGAGGGGACAAGAGAACGUCUUCAUCUACACCUACAGAGGGGAGCACAGGAUCUCCUCCCUCAUAGCCAACAAGACCAACCAGAAAGUGACCGUCCACGUCAACAAUGAGCAGAGCAGGAACUGCUGCAGCAGCAGAGGCAUGAGUGUGUUUGCUGUCGAGGUGCCAGCCAGGACUAAGAUGGUGUGCCAACACGUCCUGCCCAUCAAUGAGAGACAGGAUUGGUUCUACAGCUGUGUGGAGACCAUACUGCCCUGCACAUAAAGCUGGACUCCCAUACAGAUAAGCGAUGGGCAACAAUUAUUCAUAAACCAGUGGCUUUAGGUAGGAUGCAUCAUGACUGGCUAUUGUUCUAUAUCCACUGCCAAUGUGUUGCUAGUGGUUGGAUCAAAAGGUUGUUAUGUGACAUUUUAUUGUAACUGAUAAGGUCCAAAAGGAACACUGCCUAAUCAUGUCACCCUUUAGAAGCCCUGCUCACUCUUUUUUAUAAAGCCUCAUACGUCAGGCCAGGAGCGGAGAGAAGCUUGAUCAAGCCCACCUGUAAGGGUGGUGUUUCAGAAGCUCAGUGACUCUGUGCAUCACAGGUGUUCACCAGUGAUGGCAGCAAGAGACGGUCACUAUAUCACUGUAGUGCAGUGACUGUGGUUAGUGCUGUUAUUGUUGUGCCUUUGUGUGUGUGUGACGUGUUUUGUUUAAUGUAGAGAAAUAGCACUUUAAAUGUAUACAAUGCAUAAGUCAAGGAUUACAUUGCCAACAUGACACUUUUUCCUUCAAAUGAGCGGUAUUGUCAUGAUGAAAGGUCAGUAGAUUUGGUAAUUUUCAAAAAAAUCUAAAGAAAUUUGCCUGUGUUUGGAACAGAGCCCCUCCAGGGUACCCAGGAUGAAAUGACGAUGUUGCAUCAUUGGAGCGCAAAACAUAUUGCAAGGGAACGCACAGUACUCUGAGGUAACACAAAAGUUAUUGCAAGGUACAAAAAAAAAAAGAUUCUUGCCAUGACCCUAGAGGGGCUCAAUAGUGUGGUGCUGUGUGAAAAUCAACACUUACAAUGACAAAGGCACUUGCGAAUGAUGGGGAGGGUAGUACAAGAUGUAGGCCAUACUCUGGUGUUUCAUUAUGUGACAUCACUAUAACUUUUGUCAUAGUAAUUUAAAUAGUUUUAGAAUAGAGAGUUAUUUACCAUAUUAAUGUUCAUUAAGUUUCAGUUUGGUUUAGGUAUUACCAUUUUGUUUCUCCAACAGCAUUCCACAAUCACAAUUAAAUAAAAGAUGAUUUUCACCUUUUUCAUGUCACCAUAUACAGUCAUGUCAUCAUAAAGGCUGCACUCAUGCCCCACAUUAACAUCUUUCUUCAAGAGGAAGAACAGUUGUAUUUCAGCAUUUUCCAGCUCAAGUGUGAGGAAGAGCCCAAAGCUGGAACUAACAUGUAGCCAGGACUUGCUUCACAUUGAAAUAAGGCUAACAGCUAAGGCUGUUGGUACGAAGGUUAUAUGCAACCUGGACAUCAAAAGAUAUGUUCAUUUUUUUUAAACCACAUUUAGCCUUGUUUUAACCAAGACAUCUUUUGACAUGUUAAUCAACAAAUCAAUACUUACUGGGUAUUCUUUUUACAUUUUAAUGAAGGAUUGUACCUUAUUUCUUGCACUUACAGUCUGUGUCAGCCUGCGUGAAAUCUGUGUUACUGUGGCUACUGGUCACCACUCUCCAUAGUCUUAAUACAGUAUACUGCUGUGGGGAGUUUGGGUUGGCAGUGAAAUGCAUUCCUUUGCAUUGCGCUCAGGCCUAAACUUUAUUUGCCCUUGGCCUUUUCAGUUGAGAACAGUCUUGACCUCCUAUUUAUAUCUCUCAGGCCAUUUUUUGCCCUUUGACUUUUUCUGCUGAAACAGUAGAGCCAGCUAAACUAAAUGUCACAUGGCAAGUGAGAUGUAUUUAAUGUCCUGAGCCCCUGUCUGCUCUUCCUUUCCCAACACACAGGUUUAGUAACACUCGGCUCAGGGCAGCCGGGCUUCGGGGUUGUGAGCCAGUUUGAAUGUCUGCUUUCUGAGACUCUCAUUCUGCAUGUGUUUGUUUGUUUCUUUUCCGUGCUGUAUGAUUUUGUCUGAUUUCUGUCUGCACAUGAUUUUCUCCAGGAGUCAAAAAUGUAAAUAAUUGUGCAAUAAAAUGGAUUUCCAAAUAAUUGC